AUGGGGAAAAGAUCCAUACCCAAGGCUGAUAUCAUUCAUGUACCGGUCCCUGUGGCGCCCGGAAAUCUCCAGGUCCUUGCCGAUUCUGGGUCAGAUGAAGAGGGAUAUUAUCGUGUCACUCUCGGAGAGCUGCUCGACGGGGGCAAAUACCAGGUCUUUGAGUCUUUAGGCAAGGGCAUGUUUUCAGGUGUGGUGCGCGCUCGAGUUUUAGAAGGCAGGAGUCAGAGCCGGGAGGUCGCCAUCAAGAUUAUUCGUGCUCAGGAAACCAUGUAUAAAGCCGGACUGAAGGAAGCUCAAAUUCUCAAUAAAUUGAUGCAAGCCGAUCCGGAUGACAAAAAGCACGUCGUUCGUCUCGAGGCCACAUUCGAACACAGGGGCCAUCUGUGCUUAGUUUUUGAGUCUCUCAGCAUGAAUCUGCGCGAUGUUGUAAAACGGUUUGGGAAGGAUGUUGGUCUAAAUAUCAAGGCCGUUCGUGCCUAUGCCCAGCAGAUGUUUCUGGCCUUGGGCCUACUAAAGAAAUGCUCUAUCAUGCAUGCAGAUAUCAAGCCAGAUAACAUACUGGUGAAUGAAAACAAAACUGUUCUGAAAAUCUGCGACCUCGGUUCAGCAAGCGACACAUCGGACAACGAAAUUACUCCAUACCUUGUAUCCCGCUUCUAUCGUGCACCCGAAAUUAUCAUGGGUAUUCCAUACGACACUGCUAUUGACAUGUGGUCCAUUGGUUGUACACUGUAUGAACUGUACACGGGCAAAAUCUUAUUCCCAGGUCGGACAAAUAACCACAUGCUACUGCUCAUGAUGGAGCUGAAGGGGCGAUUCAACAACAAAUUGCUGAAGCGAGCGCAUUUUGCCGAUAGCCAUUUCGACGAACAAGGCUUGUUUCUUAGCGUUGAGAAGGAUAAGGUGACUGGUGGCGAUACGAUAAGAAAAGUAAAUAUAUCGAACCCGGCAAGAGAUCUUCGCGUACGACUCAUGCCCAACGCUGCUACCCUCGCGAACAAGACGCCCGCUGCUAGAGAAGAAGAGAUUAAGACAAUAACUGCUUUCAUCGACCUGCUGGAAAAAUGCCUCAUGCUGGAUCCGGCUAGACGUAUAACCCCCCGAGAUGCACUGCUCCAUCCCUUUGUACGUUCUUAA